UCUUCAUUUUAUUUGAAAAGUAUAUUGGCAGUUAAAGGACAGUACAGUGGUUAAGUGCAUACUUUUCUUGGAGUUUAGCGGUAUUGGGUUCCUAAAUCACCCUGAGGCUCAAGUUUUCUCACCUGUAAAACGGGGGAAAGAAUGGCUUCAACCACAAGCGGUAACACUGGGAAUGCUGAAUGUGAGCCAAUAUAAAGCAUUUGCACAACGCCUGAUCCACACAAAGCUCUAGUUCUGAGUUUCCCAAACUCCUUUGAGCUUGGGAAGCUGUGUGUUAUAAAUAAAGAGUUUCCCCGUCUGUGCUCAGAGACCCUCUUGAAUCAUAAUCUUUCAGGGAGGAAUUAGGAAAUCUAUUUGAAACAAAACCCGUCAACUGAGCCUUAGGAUCUGAUGAGUUUCGGAAACAUCAAUCAGGGUUAAGCAGCUGCUGUUAUCAUUGCAAGGUGACGAGAUGAUAGAUGUGAAAACUAAAGGUCAUUUGCUAGCCUUGCACUCACUCAGUCAACAGAAAUUCACUGGGCACUCACUGGGUGCCCCGCCCUGUGUCAGGUGCCAGGGAUACAGCAGGAACAUGACAGGCUACCCUUACAGGCACCUGAGGCCGGUUCCUCAAUCUUGGUAUCAUUAGUAAAACUGGAUGAGUGGGUGGGGCGAAAAUCAAGGGAAUUAGCUCCUGGCCUGCUGAGGGGCUUCAGGGGUGGACGGCAGAGCUGUCCCCACCAGCUGUGUGACCCAGGCGGGCAGGGAAAUUUGAGGGUCAAGGACUGUGGGACCUGGAGGCCCCUGGACCGUAUUUCCUGCUUCCUGUCCAGCUCAUUUUCUCAGAGCCAGAUGUCAGAAUCUCCCCAUGAAGUAGAUCCUACUGUUCCCAUUUUACAGAUAAGAAAACAAAGACUCGGCGGAGAGAUGUGUCACACUUGCGCCCCACCCGCGAAAGGCUCCCAGGCCCGCCUCUCUUCGCCUGGCCGCAGGGCCUGGUCCUACCUCCGGCGGCGGCGGCUCAAGGGCCGCCAGAUCUCUCGCCAGACCCCCGCAGUGGGUCGGACUCCAGGGGGCUUUGAGCCAGGCCGUUCCCGAGCAGGCCGCGCCGGGGCCGCCGCCGCCGCCUCCGCCUCCCGGAGGCCGGAACCCUCGCUCCAGACCCGGCCUAGCCCCACGGGACUCCCACGACCAGCGCAAACACAGCACGCCCCACCCGGAACUACAACUCCCGUGAGCCUGCGGGGCUCUGGUGCGCGACCGGACGCUCCACGUCGGUCCCCGGCGCCGCCAAAGACACCUGCGUUGCCCCGUCAGUCCGCGAGGUUCGAGGUCCGCGAGCCUUGUGGAAACCGUCUCCCUCCCUCCCCGCCCGCGAAACACCAGCACCUUCCGGGCGUCGCCUUUGGUCCCACGCCCGGAAGUCGUAAAGAUGGCCAUAAAAACUGGAGGCUAGAGGGACCGCGGCAUGCCCUCCCUGUCUUCACUUCCGCCGGAAGUGACCUCCGGUCUCCCGUGCCCUUUCCUUUCUGCACGCGCGGGCGCCCUGGACCGGGUACUCCGGGUGCGAGUACGACCACAAUGGCGGCCACCACCCUGCUGCGCGCGACGCCCCUCUUGAGCGGUCUCGGCACCGGCCCGACCCCGCUGUUGCAGGGUCUCUUGCGGCCGCUGAAGGCCCCGGCACUGCCCCGCUUGUGCCGCGGCCUGGCCGUGGAGGCCAAGAAGACCUACGUGCGCGACAAGCCCCAUGUGAACGUGGGCACCAUCGGCCAUGUGGACCACGGCAAGACCACACUGACCGCGGCCAUCACGAAAAUUUUAGCCGAGGGAGGUGGAGCCAAGUUUAAGAAAUAUGAAGAGAUUGAUAAUGCCCCUGAAGAGCGAGCCCGUGGAAUCACAAUCAAUGCAGCUCACGUGGAGUAUAGCACUGCCGCCCGCCACUAUGCCCACACCGACUGCCCAGGUCACGCAGAUUAUGUGAAGAAUAUGAUCACAGGCACCGCCCCCCUCGACGGCUGCAUCCUGGUGGUGGCGGCCAAUGACGGCCCUAUGCCCCAGACCCGAGAGCAUUUAUUGCUGGCCAGACAGAUUGGAGUAGAGCACGUUGUGGUGUAUAUAAACAAAGCAGAUGCCGUCCAGGACUCUGAGAUGGUGGAGCUGGUUGAGCUGGAGAUCCGGGAGCUGCUCACUGAGUUUGGCUACAAAGGGGAGGAGACCCCGGUCAUCGUAGGCUCUGCCCUCUGUGCCCUUGAGCAACGUGACCCUGAGCUAGGCCUGAAGUCUGUGCAGAAGCUGCUGGAUGCUGUGGACACUUACAUCCCAGUGCCCACCCGGGACCUAGAGAAGCCUUUCCUGCUGCCUGUAGAGUCCGUUUACUCUAUUCCUGGCCGGGGCACGGUGGUGACAGGUACACUAGAGCGUGGCAUUCUGAAGAAGGGAGACGAGUGUGAGUUCCUGGGACAUAGCAAGAACAUUCGGACCGUGGUGACAGGCAUUGAGAUGUUCCACAAGAGCCUGGAGAGAGCAGAGGCAGGCGACAACCUUGGGGCCCUGGUCCGAGGCUUGAAGCGGGAGGACCUGAGGCGUGGCUUGGUCAUGGCCAAGCCAGGGACCAUCCAACCCCACCAGAAGGUGGAGGCACAGGUUUACAUCCUCAGCAAGGAGGAGGGUGGCCGCCACAAGCCUUUUGUGUCUCACUUUAUGCCUGUCAUGUUCUCUCUGACUUGGGACAUGGCCUGUCGUGUCAUCUUGCCACCAGGGAAGGAGCUUGCCAUGCCCGGGGAGGACCUGAAGCUCAGCCUAAUCUUGCGGCAGCCCAUGAUCUUAGAAAAAGGCCAGCGUUUCACCCUGCGAGAUGGCAACCGGACCAUUGGCACUGGCCUCGUCACGGAGACGUCGGCCCUGACUGAGGAAGACAAGAACAUCAAAUGGAGUUGAGUCUGGACUCUGCUUAGGCUCUCUCGAGUUUGAGGCUGCACUGGCCAGUGUUCUCUCCUGCUUCGAUGCCCCCUUCCCAGGGCAUGGGCUGCUGCCUAGCAGUGCAGCUAGACAGACACUUCUCCUGGUCAGGAGGGGCCCACGGCCUGCCAGGUGAGGUAGGUCAAUAAACCGUUCUGUAAAUAGGGA